AUGUCAGAGGCCUCUUGUGUCUACGAAGCGUUCGUCAACUAUUACUUCGGCACAUCGUCCAUGUUCUACCACGUAUGUAUCACCAUUAGACGUUACCUGGGUAUAGUGGCUUUGCCACUCAAUAACGCCCCUAUCGAGAAAUGGCGCGUCGCUCUAGCUUUUGCGGGGUGCCAACUCCUCUCGCUGGUUCUCGCGGUCUCGCCGCUGCUCGGAUUCGGGUCUUAUGGGCUCGAGGCGCACGGAACCAGCUGCGGACUCGCCUUAAACGACAGAAGCAGCACCGGCAAGGCUUAUCUGAUCGGGAUAGGAACAGUGUGCUACGCCCUACCUGUGACUAUCACGAGCAUCUUCUACGUGCUGAUCAUCAAAACGAUAAGGGUACAGCAGUCGACAGUUCGAGUGAUGCUCGCUUCGAGCAAACAUGCGAAAAAAAGAAAACAAGAAGAGGUGCAUCUUGUUAUAACUUCAUUGGGCUUAGUCUUGGCAUUCGUUGUGUCUUGGACGCCUUACGGAAUCGUGUCAUUCUACACGGUAUUCGGAAACCCGGACACCAUUAAUCCGAUCAUAUCCCGCAUGUCCGCAUGGUUCGCUAAGUCGGUGGUUGUCUGGAAUCCGAUAAUAUAUGCCCUACUGAGCAAAAGCUUUCGCCAGAAAGCGGUGCAGUUGGUGCGCUGUAGCGACGCUUCGUAUGUGGCCACUCGGCCGCAGAAAGCCACGGAGUUAGGGUGUGCCACGGCUGAAAGCGACUGCACAAUCCGACCAACGCGAGCAAUCAACGGAAAUAUUCUGUAG